UACGAUAUGGCGGGAAUUUUUUUGUUCUCCCUGGAAGCCGGCGGUGAGUGAACAUGUCGGAGAAGUCAGCAGAAGAUUAAAUAACGCUGUGUGUAUCUGUCUGUGUAUGUUGAUAAGCGGCCAUCUUGGAUUUGGGAGGCGCGUUUAUGUGUGAAACUGGUCCGCUGCAGUUGCGCUGAGUGAGCGCGAGCGCCGUGUGUUUCUCCCGCUCCGGCGCGCAUGAUGGCGGACGCGCUGUCGGAGUCCAGCGAGCUGAGCGGAGGAGCGGAGGACCCGGGGGAGGACCUGCUGACUCCGGCCGAGCUUAUCGCCAGGCUCGAGGAGGCCUGGCUUAAUGAGAAGUUCUCUCCUGAGCUGCUGGAGAACAGAUCUGAGCUGGUGGAGUGUGUGAUGGAGCAACUCACACACAUGGAGGAGAACCUGCAGCGUGUGAGGAAGGGUGACCUGAAGGCCAGCAUCCACCGCAUGGAGAUCGACCGCAUCCGAUUCGUCCUCAGCAGCUAUCUCCGCUCCCGACUGCAGAAGGUUGAGAAGUUUUUCCCGCACGUGUUGGAGAAGGAGUCGUCGCGAGCCGACGGCGAUCCGUCGUUCCUGUCUCCCGAGGAGUUCGUCUUUGCCAAACAGUAUAUGGCCAAUACAGAAGUGUUCCUGAACGCUGCGGCGCUGAGACACAUGCCUCCGAACCUGCAGAGCGUCGACAUGCUCAAAGCAGUUCCAGAGCCGUGUCUGGACUCCUUUGUGUUCCUGCGUGUGAAGAAGAAGCAGGAGAACAUUCUCGUGGAGCCUGAGACUGAUGACCAGAGGGAGUACGUGGUGGAUCUGGACGAAGGCUCGCAGCACUUGAUGCGUUAUCGCACUAUAGCACCUCUAGUGGCCAGUGGUGCAGUGCAGCUCAUCUAGCACAAGGAAAUAAAAAUUGUUUUUUAAAAAAUACAAGCUUCCUGAAGUUUCUUUCUGUCAUUUAUCCGUGACAUUAAUGUGUCUAACGAGAAAGUUAAAAACAUGUAAAGCCUGAUGUUGUGUACGCCCCAGAAACGAUGUUUGUUUGUUUGUUUUUGUUUGUUUCACCAUUUAUAUUUCCUUUUUCCUCUCUGUUACAGAAUCUUCAAGAGGAAGAAUGAUUUUCGAUUCUUGUUUU